CGAAUCACCAGUAACCGAGCUGACCACCUCAUAGCAGCAAUGGCAUCCAAACUUACUCUUCUCUUCGUGGCAGUAGCGCUCGCUUGUCUUGGCGUAGCCAUCGCCGCCCCUCAAAAUGAGAAGCUCAACGCUUACAGCUACGGUUGCAGCAGCAUUUCACUCAAGUACCUUCGCGAUCAAAUCCAAAUCUGCACAAGAAACCUCCCCUCUCAGCGUUUCUUCAACCCUGGCCAGUUGUGCUCCACCGAAGUCAGCGGCGCACUAAGGGGUGGGUCCUCCUGCCCAAUGGACGAGGCUCCGGCCUUGCUGAGCGAGUGUCUUGAAGGCUACUCCCUUGAUGGUGCGUCGUCACACGCUUGUCUUAAGACUGCCAUUGACAACGGGAGCUGCUGCUAAGCACUGUAUUCUACAGUAACUGCGCCGUGUUUAUUAUGUUGUUUUCCAAAAUACCCGAAACAAUAAAUACACCACUUUG